AUUUCCUUCAAACGCGAGAGAAUCGGACUGACGACGACGACAACGACGAGACGACGGCCAAUCAAAACGCGAAGCGAAAAAAAGUGUGUGAAGAAGAGUGCUCUCCCAUCAUCAUCAUCGUCUCCAGGAGCUUCGAGGUGAAAAUCUUGGAUUAAUCCGCGUUCCCUGCCGGAAAUUCCAUCGUGAACCACAUCCGACCGCUGCGUGCUUCAUUUUGCGCUAGCUAUACGCGUCUAGUAUAUCUCCUACGCUCGACUUGAGCCCCAUCUUCUGUGGAUUUUAGAAUCUUAACAGCGGCGCAAAUAUGUUCAUUUGGGAUUGGUUCACCGGUGUCCUGGGAUACUUGGGCCUGUGGAAGAAAUCCGGCAAACUGCUAUUCUUAGGUCUGGACAAUGCCGGUAAAACGACAUUGUUGCACAUGCUCAAGGACGACAGACUGGCACAGCAUGUGCCAACGUUACAUCCCACGUCCGAGGAGCUGUCCAUCGGUAACAUGCGUUUCACCACAUUCGAUCUGGGUGGACACACGCAAGCCCGUCGAGUUUGGAAGGACUAUUUCCCGGCGGUGGAUGCGAUCGUGUUCCUGAUCGAUGCCUGGGACCGGAGCCGUUUCACCGAGAGCAAAAACGAACUAGAUUCACUGCUGACCGAUGAGGCCCUGUCCAACUGUCCCGUGCUUAUCUUGGGCAACAAAAUCGACAAACCGGGCGCAGCUAGCGAGGACGAACUUAGAAAUCACUUUGCCCUGUACCAGUUGACCACCGGAAAGGGCAAAGUAGCACGUAACGAACUUCCCGGACGUCCCCUGGAGCUGUUCAUGUGUUCAGUGCUGAAACGGCAGGGCUACGGAGAGGGUUUCCGCUGGCUCGCUCAGUACAUCGACUAAUAGAAGAGAACUGUUUUGGCGCGCGCUAGAGAUGUAAAACAAUUGACAAACUAGGAACAAUAGCAGCAGAGCGGUAACAGCAACCAACCAACGAUUGGCGAUAAACUACACAACAGACACACACACAUACAUACUAUAUAUGGCGCAUGAGAAAACACUGUCGCAAUCUUCUUUGUUGCAACAGAAUUUAGGAUAAACGUGGAAGUUUUCCGGGCAAUGGGUCUAAGAAGUAUUUAGGGACGCGUGAUAUUUAAUAAAAAAAAGAAAAUAGUGGAAACAAAUUGAGCAUGAACAACUAAUGUUUCACACCUUACGUCAACCAUUCAAAAACAAAAAAAAACACACACACACACAUACACAGACAGACAAAACACAAGAAGUGCAUAGCAUCAGACAGUAAACGGGACGGAAGUCGCGGUCAGAUGAGUUUUACUUUGUCGGAAAAUUCUCGUGGUUGAUUGGAACAUAAUCUAAGUAAACCCUAACGCAAAUCCACUGCAGAGCCUUUUUACUGUUUGUAUGUUUGAUUAUCCAUUUUUUAUUUUUAUGUUUUUCAACUCGUGGUACUCUAUAGUGUUUUGUAUAUUGGACGCAAUAUGUUUUGUGUUCUGUCUCCCCAGUAACGAAUAGUUGGCAUUUAGUUAACCUACUUCCAAAUACCAUUGAUGAAAAAAGACAUAGCGAAAGAAACUUUACCGCCACAUAAUCUUCAACGGGCUUACGAAGGGGCUGCGAAACAGAUCAGAUUUGUGGGCAGAAUCAGGCAUUAUGUUAUCUACCAAUCAAUAAAGAAACUCCAGAAUUUUUAGAUAUAAAACUA